GUGCUGAAGGUCAGGGGGCGAACCCAAGUGUACCAAUCGGCACCUUCGUGACGGCGACUCCAGAUGCACUGCAGCCGCCAGCUGGCGCCGCCUCCCACGACUCCAUGAAGUGCCUGCACGAACGGGCUGAAGCUCGGGCCGAGCGCUGGGCCCCCAGCGUGUUCUUUGACAACGACAUCGAUGACCGCAAGGGCUGGAUGGACUGGUGCGUCUCCUAUGUGACCGCCGUGUUGCAGCGGCCGCAGUUUGAUGCGCAUUUCAGCCUCGAUGGCGCCUUCGGCUCCGACGCGGUCUACAGUGCCGAGCGACAGACAGCCAUCGUGCAGCGUGAACUUGCCGAGGGAGCUGCUGAAUAUCGAGCUCGCCGCCGCUGGAUCGAGCACGAGACCCGCGGCAACCCGCGCCUGGCUCCUGCUGGCGACCACGCGACCUCGACGGCAUCUACCACGACAAGCACGAGCUGGCGCGAGAUGGACAUCCUCGAGAACGGCGAC